GGUUUAUGACGUUAAAGUCAUCAAAAAAAUAAAAAUAAACCUCAUAAAUAUUUGCUAAAAUAAAAAUUGCUUUCAAUAUAAGGCAAAUUGUUAUAAUUUACUCAAUCUACAGAAUUGAUAUCCUGAGUUAUAAUGAGUUCCGGCAAAAUUGUAAAACCAAAAUCAAAAUAUUAUUCAAAACCCCUUCGAAAGAAAUCCAGUAACAUGGAUGUCAACUACAAAGGUUUUCUAUGUAGUUGCAACAAUCGAGAAAAAGAUUGUAUUAGGGAGUCGUAUCAAAUACUGAAUAAAGCUGUGGACGAACUAUAUGGCAGUGAUUCUCCUGAACAGAAAACUGAAGAGAUCGAUAUAUCUGACGAAAUAUCAAAAGAAAUAGAUGCUCUCAAGUCCGACAAACUGAACCAAAAAUUCAAGUUCAACGUAUGUGAUUCAGGGGCGAAAAAUUUGAUAUUUAUUCGAACUACUUUAGACGAUCCAGCCAAGAUUUCCCAGCAUAUUGUAGAGAAUAUAUUCCAAACAAAACAACAGCAAACAAGAUUUCUCUUAAGGCUGGUCCCUAUAGAAGUGACAUGUAAAGCUUACCUCAAGGAUAUCGAGAAAGCUUUUGAACCAUUGGCUGAAAAAUAUUUCCAGAACGAAGGAAGGACAUUUUCUAUCGUUUAUAACCAUCGGAAUAAUAAUUCAUUGUCUAGAGACGAGGUUAUUAAGACUAUAGCAGAAAAAGUUUCUUCUUUGAACAAGGAUAAUAAAGUUAAUUUAAAAGAAGCCGAUGUUUCUAUAGUUAUAGAAAUCAUUAGAGGAUUUGCGUUUGUUGGUGUUGUCCCAAAUUUCUUAAAAUAUAAGAAAUAUAAUCUCUUAGCGUUAAGUGAUAAAGUGGACAAUGUUGACGAAGAAAAAACUGAUCUUAUUAAAGAUGAAACAGAUAAUAAAGACGAGGAAGAAUUAGAUAAUGGGAAGGAGAAAUGUGCUGAAGAUUCGGUUAGUAGUUCGUGAUUACUUCACUAAAGAAGUAUUUGAAAUUUCUUUUACAUAAUAAACAAAUUGUUUCUUGAAA